GAACACGGGUUUGUUUAUUUGUGGCACACAGAGAAUAGCUGAUCUGUCUGCUAGUAUCCUCCUACAACCAGUUUUUAUUCUCAAAGCUAAUGAAAGCCUCCUUGUAUUGCUUCAUUUGACUUCCGCUCAUUUCACAGGCGAGUUCACCAUUAUCAGAAGGUGGAGUUAAAGCGACGCCAUGGAGCCGGCCUGCCGCAAGGACAAACCAAAGCUGAACUCAACCCCAACCAGAGGAGACAGAGCCAAGCAGAAGUCUGCACAGCAGGAGGCCAAACAGCGACAGAGAGCUGAGAUAUAUGCAUUGAACAAAGUGAUGACAGAGUUGGAGCAGCAGCAGUUUGAGGCCUUUUGUAAACAGAUGCAGUCCCAAGGAGAAUAACAGCAACAGCUACGCUUCCGCCUUCCACGUGGAUCAGUUUCUGUUAUUCUACCCAAAAAGACACAACCUUUGCACUUCCUUGAACUGUUACAGAUAAAAUCACUGCUGGUGCAUAUUCCUGAUACACAUCUUAAAGGUGCAGAAUCUUUAUUGCUGAUGUUUUAUAAACAGUUUUAUAAAUGG